CGCGAUAAACAGUCCCGCAUAUAUAAACUCUCUCUCUUCCUGCAAAUUCAAAAUCCCAACUUUUGAAAACCCACCAACCCAAACGCCAUGGACUUCAGCUCCAUGAGCUGCCCUCUGAUCUUCACCCUCAGCUUUGUGCUUAUUUUCACUGCCUUGCCUUCUUCAUUCUCUCAGCCAACCGCGGAUGCUCCAGCACCAGCCUCCGAUUCGUGCAACGGCGUGUUCUUAUCGUACGCCUACACUACCGGAGCCAAGCUCCCGCCCGAGCUCAAAUCUAACCCCAAGCGCCAGCCCUACCGGUUCGAGUCCGUGCUCACUGUGCUCAACAACGGGCUCGAGGAUCUGAAAUCUUGGAGGGUCUUCGUGGGGUUUAAGAACGAUGAGUACUUGGUCUCUGCCUCCAAUGCCGUUUUGGCAGACGGGACUAGCAUGCCUGGAAGUGUGGGAAACGGCACCGUUUUGGCUGGGUUUCCGAUGACCGAUCUGAAAACUGCGAUUAAGACUGCGGGAGACUUGACCCAGAUGGAGGUUCAGGUCAAAUUGGUCGGGACCCAAUUCGGUGUGGCCCCACCCAAGGUUCCUCUGCCCUCGAAUAUCUCUUUGGCCAAUGAUGGGUUUGUUUGCCUCAACGCCGUGCAAGGGACGAAUGAAAUGCAUGUCUGUUGCACUGUAGACACUAAGUUUAAAACGAACAUCACUGUAGAUGGAAAGUUCCUCCCCCGCCAAAAUGGAGAUCUUACAAUUAUGUAUGAUGUGACCAAUACUCAAGACUCAAAUUACUGGGCACAAGUUACAAUUGCCAACCAUAACCCCCUAGGCCGUCUUGAUAAUUGGAAAUUGAGCUGGGACUGGAUGGCAGAUGAAUUUAUAUUUGCAAUGAAAGGUGCGUAUCCAUCUAUUGUAGAUUCUUCUGACUGUAUAUUCGGCAGACAAAGUACAUACUACAAGGAUCUGGACUUCUCCACCGUAUUGAAUUGUGAAAAACGGCCAACCAUAAUUGACCUGCCUCCAACAAAGGCCAAUGACACUCUACUUGGUCUGGUCCCUAAUUGUUGCCGAAAUGGUACUAUCUUGCCACGAUCAAUGGAUCCAAGCAAAUCAAUGUCAUCAUUCCAGAUUCAAGUCUUUAAAAUGCCUCCAGAUCUUAACCGGUCCCAGUUCACACCGCCACAAAACUGGGCAAUCAACGGCACACUCAACCCUGAUUAUGAAUGUGGCCCUCCUGUGCGGGUGAGUCCUAGUCAAUUUCCUGAUCGAAGUGGCUUGCCAGUGAAUUCAUCUGCGGUAGCUAGCUGGCAGGUUGUGUGCAAUAUUACACAGCUCAAGGGAGCAAGCCCUAGAUGCUGUGUUUCGUUUUCUGCUUUCUAUAAUGAUUCGGUCAUCCCAUGCAACACUUGUGCAUGUGGCUGCCCUAGUAAUACAGCUCGAACUUGUAGUACAACUGCACCAGCUAUGCUUCUUCCGCCGGAGACACUUCUUGUUCCCUUUGAGAACCGAACUGUCAAGGCAAAAGCUUGGGCUGAACUUAAACAUCUACCAGUUCCAAACCCGAUACCCUGUAGUGAUAACUGUGGGGUCAGCAUUAACUGGCAUUUAUAUACAGACUACUCUCGUGGAUGGAGUGCAAGGGUCACACUCUUCAAUUGGGAUGAAACUUCUUUUGUUGAUUGGUUUGCUGCCGUGCAAAUGGAUAAAGCAGGCCCUGGUUUCGAAAAGAUGUACUCUUUCAACGGAAGUACCUUGGAAUUGAAUGGUGUCAACAAUACCGUAUUCAUGCAGGGUCUUGAAGGAUUGAACUACCUUGUGGCAGAAACAGAUGCAGCCAACCCGCAGAAGGAUCCUAGGGUGCCUGGGAAGCAGCAAUCAGUCAUCUCAUUUACAAAGAAGAAGACUCCUGGAAUUAAUGUGAUUGGUGGAGAUGGGUUUCCGACAAAAGUAUACUUUAAUGGGGAGGAAUGCUCACUUCCUAAAAUAUAUCCAAGUAGUGGUAACAGAAAGAGUACACCGAUAAUGUUUUCAGUCCUCCUAAUGGUUGUAGCGUUCAUGGUGAUGUAGCAAUAGCUGAGGGAUGAGGCACUGCCAGAUCUUGUAGCUGCUGCUGAUUUUUUUUAUUCUUUCAGUGGUUUGAUUGAUAUAUGCUCAACCAGGAGGUUUUGCAAAAUCUCAACGACUAGAAGACGUGCAUGCCAUGACUGGUACUUAUGAGGUUGUUAGGGGAAAUUUGGUUGUCGCUGGUAAUCUCUUGCUCUUCAUCUGCACAUGCUGAAAGGAGGAUAAACACAGCAAGUGACAGCAAAUCAUAUGUAGCUAUUGUUCUCAUAUUUUGUAUAAACAAUUACUGAACUAGGUGCUUGCUUUGAUUCUUUUGUUAUAUGUAUACAUGUGGGAACGAUUAUCCAAUAUAUCUUUUUGGAGUCACUGGAAUUUAGGACAAUUACUUUGUGCGCCUAUACAAAUUUUCU